AUGGAUUUACUUGUUCAUCCCAUCUUAACUCUAAUUAUAACAUUGUUUGUAGUCCUCUUCACAACUUUUGCAGCAUUGGCAUCAAAAAUUUACAUUGGAAAGUCAAUCAGGAACAAGAAAUACCCACCUGUAGUUGGAACUGUGUUUCAUCAGCUCUUGUACUUGAAUAGACUCUAUGAUUUCCAGGCAGAAAUGGCAAAAACACAACCUACUGUCAGGUUGCUUGGAGUUGACCAGAGUGAAAUAUACACAACCGAUCCUGCAAAUGUUGAACACGUACUGAAGACCAACUUUCAUAAGUAUUCGAAAGGUAAGUAUAAUCAAGAUAUUGUUAGUGACUUAUUUGGGCAGGGCAUCUUUGCCGUAGACGGCGAAAAGUGGAGGCAACAGAGGAAGCUUGCCAGCUUUGAAUUCUCAACAAGGGUGUUAAGGGAUUUCAGCUGUGAAGUUUUCAGAAGAAAUGCUGCGAAAUUGGCUCGAAAGGUUUCUGAGUUUUCUCAGGCUGGCCAAGUAUUUGACUUACAAGACUUGCUGAUGAGAUGCACCCUGGAUUCGAUUUUCAAAGUUGGAUUUGGAGUAGAUCUAAAUUGCCUGCAAGGAUCAGGAAAGGAAGCAACUGAAUUCAUCAAGGCCUUUGAUGACUCAAAUGAGCUAACAUAUUGGCGAUAUGUCGAUCCAUUUUGGCAGCUUAAACGGUAUUUUAACAUCGGUUCUGAAGCCAUCCUUAGGAAAAAUGUCAUGGUUAUCCGUCACUUUGUAGAUGACUUGAUCAGGAAUAAAAGGAAUCAGAUUGAUAUGCAAAAGGACUAUAAUGCCAAAGAAGACAUACUAUCAAGAUUUGUGGUGGAGAGCAGGAAGGAUCCAGAGAAUAUGAGUGAUCAGUAUCUACGAGACAUUAUUCUGAAUUUCAUGAUUGCAGGAAAGGAUACUACUGCAAAUACUCUUUCAUGGUUUUUCUAUAUGCUAUGCCAGAACACAUCAAUCCAGGAAAGAGUCGCGGAGGAAAUUGGUGAAGUUAUUGGAAAACAAGAAAGUAAAACUUGUAGUAUCGAUGAUUUUGUCGCAAGAAUAACAGAUGAAACAAUGGAUAAAAUGCAUUGUACUCAUGCAACAUUGACUGAGACAUUGAGGCUAUUCCCUGCGGUCCCAGUGGAUGGAAGAUGUGCAGAUGCUGAUGAUGUCCUUCCUGAUGGUUAUGAAGUGAAAAAAGGGGACGGUGUUUACUACAUGUCCUAUGCAAUGGCCAGAAUGCCAUACAUAUGGGGAGAUGAUGCUGAGGAAUUUCGACCAGAAAGAUGGCUUCAAAAUGGGAUAUUCCAACCUCAAUCUCCAUUCAAAUUUGUAGCGUUUCAUGCUGGACCUCGAAUUUGUUUAGGGAAAGAUUUCGCAUAUCGGCAGAUGAAGAUACUGGCAAUGACCCUUCUACACUUCUUCAAAUUCAGAAUGAGCAAUGAAGCCGAAAAAGUAACAUACAGAACCAUGUUUACUCUGCAUAUCAAGGAAGGCUUACACAUUCAAGCUAUCCCAAGAACAGAUGAAAGAGCUGUGGAGGAAAUAGACGAAGUGGGAAAGUUCCGAUAUGUUCAUUUUAUAAGUUACGUUUUUAAUUGUACCUCUUCUUCAAAUCAAGAAAACAUGGUGCCAAAAUUUGAUUUUACUGCCAAUCUAGUUGCUUUAGUAUCUGCUUUUAUAUGCAUUGGAUUUGCCCUUUUUGCCAUUGGUGUAGUAGUCAGUAGCAAAAUUCUGGAAAAUGGAGGGAAGAAGAAUAAGAAGAGGUUCCAUCCGAUUGGUGGGACAAUGCUACAUCAGUUGGCUAACUUCAACAGGUUGCAUCAUUACAUGACUGAUCUUGCCGGCAAAUACAAGACUUACAGAUUGAUUAGCCCUUUCCGGAAUGAAGUUUACACUUCUGAUCCAGCUAAUGUUGAGUAUAUACUGAAGACAAAUUUCGAAAACUAUGGCAAGGGAUUGUACCAAUAUACCAUAUUGAAGGAUCUACUAGGGGAUGGCAUCUUUGCAGUUGAUGGAGACAAAUGGCGGGAGCAGCGGAAGAUAGCGAGUUAUGAGUUCUCCACAAAGGUGUUGAGGGAUUUCAGCAGUGUAAUAUUCAGGAAAAAUGUGGCGAAAGUUGCCAAUAUAAUCUCCAAAGCUGCUGAUUCUAAGCAGUCCUUUGAUAUUCAAGAUCUCCUCAUGAAGUCAGCAUUGGAUUCUAUAUUCAAAGUUGCAUUCGGGGUUGACCUGGAUAGCAUGUGUGGUUCAAAUGAAGAAGGCAAGAAGUUUAGCUGUGCUUUCGAUGAUGCAAGUGCGCUGAGUCUUAAGCGUUAUGUGGAUAUCUUCUGGAAGAUCAAAAAAGCGCUUAAUGUGGGAUCAGAAGCUAAGUUAAGGGAAAACAUCAAAGUGGUUGAUGAUUUUGUAUAUAAGUUAAUCAAAAGCAAGACUGAGCAAAUGCACAAAUCAGCUGAUGAUUCGUCUUGGAAAAAGGACGACAUCUUGUCCAGGUUCUUGCGAGUGACUGAAACUGAUUCCAGGUACUUGCGCGACGUGAUAUUGAGCUUCAUAAUUGCUGGAAAAGACACAACAGCAACCACACUCUCCUGGUUAAUAUACAUGCUUUGCAAGCAUCCAAAUGUGCAGGAGAAGAUUGCUCAAGAAAUCAAAGGUUCAGCACAUGAGCAAGAGAUAACAGAUGUUGCUGAAUUUGCUGCCAGAUUGAGUGAUGAUUCAAUGGAAAAUAUGCACUAUCUUCAUGCUGCACUAACUGAGAUUCUCAGACUUUAUCCUGCUGUUCCAGUGACUUGUUUAAAUCAUACUUGUUUGUUAAUCUUUGCAAGCAUUUAUUCUACACCAAUUCAGUUGGAAAAUUCAGGAAAAUGGUGGGAAGAGGAAGAAGAAGAAAUAUCAUCCGAUUUUCUAGACAGGUUGAUUAGUCCUUUCCGCAAUGAAGUGUAUACUUCUGACCCGGCUAACGUUGACUACAUUCUGAAGACAAAUUUCGAAAACUAUAGCAAGUGGAAAAAGGACGCCAUCAUGUCCAGGUCUCUGAGGGGCAAAAAGAAAAUAAAAGUACACCUUAAUGAAAUAGCCGUAGAAGUACAUGUGUUUUGGGAUUUGAGCAUAAGCUCCCUUCCUAUUCUACAUAGGAAUAAUUCAGAAGCCCGAAAACCAUAUUGUAAUCAUCAAAGGAGACCAAAUGGUCAGAAUUUUGCCUUCAUGAAUGGCUCUUGUCGUGCAGCGAUGCGCCGGGAGGAAUUAUUCUGGUUCAUUUUCGGAUAUGGCCAUGCUUUCAGGCUGUUGCCCGCCAUUUUCAGAUCAUUUUCGAAACUGAAGCUUCAUACUCAUACAGCUCAGAGAAAUCCAGGGGGAAAAUUGUCGAAUAAAUCGAGCUUUUUAGUAUAUUCGGAAGAGGGUAUUUAUAAGUGCAAUCUCCAGUUGAGGAAUCUUGGCAAGGUUGGCAAAGUGAAUGAAGCUAGGAAGUUGUUCGAUGAAAUGACUGAAAGAAAUGUUGUCUCUUAUGCAUCCAUGAUUACCAUUUAUCUGAAACAUAAUAAUCUUCCUAAAGCUGAAAGCUUGUAUCUUGGAAUGCCUGAGAGAAGCGUGGUGGCCGACUCAGCUAUGGUCCAUGCAUAUGCCAAAUUAGGAAGGUUGGAAUUUGCUCGGGAAAUCUUUGAUCAUAUGCCUACCAAAAAUGUUUUUACCUGGACUGGUUUGAUUUCUGGGUAUUUGCAGUAUGGCAGAGUGGAUGAGGCUUGUCGACUCUUUAGAGAAAUGCCCGAGAAAAAUGAAAUUUCUUGGACCACCAUGCUGUUGGGUUUAGCUCGAAAUGGUUUGAUUGACCGCGCGAGGGAAACUUUUAAUCAGAUCCCUGAUAAAAAUGUGGUUUCUUGGACAGCCAUGAUUAGUGCUUAUGUGGAGAACUGCCAAGUUGAUAGCGCUCUUCAACUUUUCUAUCAAAUGCCGCACCCUAAUCUCUAUUCGUGGAAUAUUAUAAUAAAAGGGUGCUUGGACUACGAUAAAGCGACUGAAGCCUUGCAGUUAUUUAAUUCCAUCCCUGAGAGGAAUGCCGUUUCUUGGACUACUAUGAUUACGGGCCUUGCAGAUAAAGGAUGUAUAGACUUGGCGAGGAAGUACUUUGAUCAAAUGCCAAACAAGGAUAUAGUUGCUUGGAAUGCAAUGAUUACUGCCUAUGCUGAUAAAGACAACAUGGUUGAGGCUAGUUAUCUUUUCAAUGCAAUGCCAACUCGGAAUACAGUAACUUGGAACACAAUGAUCAAUGGUUAUGCCAAAAAUGGACCUCAAGAUCAAGCUCUUAAGCUUUUCAUUCUUAUGUUGCGCAGCUCCCAAAGAGCAAACGUCAUAGCUCUGACCUGUAUACUGAUUGCAUGUCAGGGCAUUUUUCAGCUACAGCAGUCUCAUGCUCUUGUCAUCCAGCUUGGUUUUGAGUUAGAGACCUCCUUGAUCAAUGCUCUUGUUACCAUGUAUUCCAAGAGUGGAGAUCUUAGUUCUGCUCGUUUGGCCUUUGACAAUCUUGAGGCCAAAGAUGUUUUCUCCUGGACUGCAAUCAUUCUUUCGUAUUCCAACCAUGGUUAUGGGAAUCUAGCACUAGUAACGUUUGCGCAAAUGCUUAGAUCGGGUAUUGAACCAGAUGAAGUCACUUUCUUAGGGGUUUUAUCAGCUUGUAGUCAUGCAGGUCUUGUGAAGAAAGGUAAAAAACUUUUCCUCUCCAUGAAUUCUGCCUAUGAUAUACAUCCAAAUAAAGACCAUUAUUGUUGUCUUGUUGACAUUCUUGGUAGAGCUGGCAUGAUCAAUGAGGCUGUUGAGGUAAUCAGCCAAAUGCCUCCGGGGGAAUGUGAUGGUGCUGUUAUAGGAGCAUUAUUAGGAUCCUGUAAGUUGCACGGGGAUGAGGUUGCCCAAGUGAAUAUUUUGGGGGAGAAAUUAUUAGAGCUCGAACCGUCUAUCUCAGGAAGUUAUGUCCUUCUGUCAAAUCUGUUUGCGGCAAGUGGACAAUGGGACGACUUUGCUCUUGUGAGAAAGAAGAUGAAAGACAGUGGAGUACAUAAAGUACCUGGUUAUAGUCAAAUAGAGGUUAAGGGGGAGAAUCAUGUAUUUUAUGCAGGAGAUAGGUCUCACAAUGAGAUCUAUCAAGUAUGUCAUCUACUCAAAGAAAAACUUCUACCUGUAAUGCUAGACAAACAUUGCAUCCUAGAAAGUUGCCAAUAA